AUGAACGCGGAUACGCUGGCUGCAUGGCGUUAUUACUGGGACGAAGUCAACAAAGUUUCGGAAUUGCUUGGAUCUGACUUAUGGAAGUCUGAGUAUUUUAGCGGUGAUGGAGAGGGCGGCGAUAACUGCAUCCAGACCGGACCAUAUAUAAACCUGACACUUCGAUGGGAGCUGAAUGGUCGAGUUGAAGACCAUUGUGUCACCCGACACAACAGUCGGCGCUCAGUCAACGCAGCAGCGCAGACAAGCAUUGACCAGUACAAUGUAAUAGACUCAUUCGCUACGGCCUGUAGCUUCUUGGAGGGCAGCCCGCACUCAGCAGGCCACAGCGGCCGUGGGCGAGAUUUCCAGGUGACCCUUUAUUCUGUCUUCACCACUCCUAGCUUGAUAGUCUCGUGGGAAUGGCACAAACUGGACCCAGAGCACCCCCUGUACGACAUGGCGGGCCUUAGCCGUAUGUUGCCUAACGACCCUUCAAUCGAGAACGCCAUCGUUGACUACUUCAACGACAACGGCACAGAAACCACCUUGAGCCAUACACCUUACAUGGAUGCACUGGCUGAGCCGGCACCCAACGUUACAAUUUACUGCAUUAUGGACCUUAACGAGCGAGUCAUUUGCUCCGAACACGGGAAUGCUUAG